CCCUUUCCUCCUCCUCCUCUUUUUUAGAAGCAGCAAUCGGAGAUGGAUGUCUCUCUUUGCCCUACCAAGUGCACUUUCUGGAGGGUAUUUUUGCUCUGGAGCAUUUGGGGAGACUAUCUGCUUUCGGUGCUGGCUUGCCCUGCUAAUUGUCUUUGCAGCAAGACAGACAUCAAUUGCAAGAAGCCGGAUGAUGGGAACCUCUUCCCUCUCUUGGAAGGGCAGGAUUCAGGCAGCAGCAAUGGCAACACGAGCAUCAAUAUCACGGACAUCUCAAGGAACAUCACUUCCAUACACAUAGAGAACUGGAAGAACUUGCAGACACUGAACGCCGUUGACAUGGAGCUGUACACGGGACUCCAGAGGCUGACAAUCAGGAACUCAGGACUACGAAACAUCCAGCCGCGAGCCUUUGCCAAGAACCCCCACCUGCACUACAUAGACCUCUCCGGGAACCGGCUCACCACUCUGUCAUGGCAACUCUUCCAGACACUGCGACUCUUUGAACUGAGACUAGAGAGGAACCUUUUUAACUGCAGCUGUGACAUCCGCUGGAUCCAGCUCUGGCAGGAGAAGAGUGAGGCAAACCUGCAGUACCAGGAUCUCUACUGCAUGACCAUGGAUGCAGCCAUCAUCACUUUGAAGGAGAUGAACAUCACCCAGUGUGACCUUCCUGAGAUCAGUGUGAGCCACGUGAACCUGACGGUGCGGGAAGGGGAGAACGCUGUCAUCACCUGCAACGGCUCAGGAUCGCCGCUGCCGGACGUGGACUGGACAGUGGCUGAACUCCACUCCAUCAACACCCACCAGACCAACCUCAACUGGACCAAUGUUCAUGCCAUCAAUUUGACCUUGGUGAACGUCACCAGCGAGGACAAUGGAUUCCUGCUUACCUGCAUUGCUGAGAACGUGGUGGGGAUGAGCAAUGCCAGUGUGCUGCUCACUGUCUACUAUCCCCCUCGCAUCCUUACUCUGGAGGAGCCGGUGCUACACAUGGACCACUGCAUUGCAUUUGCAGUGCAUGGGAACCCAGCUCCCACCCUUCACUGGCUGCACAACGGCCAGGUCCUCCGCGAGACAGAGAUCAUCCGCAUGGAGUUUUACCAACAAGGGGAAGUGUCUGAGGGUUGCCUGCUCUUCAACAAACCCACUCACUACAACAAUGGCAACUACACGAUUGUGGCUACCAACCAGCUGGGCUCAGCCAACCAAACUAUCAAAGGACACUUCCUUGAAAAGCCUUUUCCAGAGAGUACGGACAACUUUGUCUCAAUCGGUGAUUAUGAAGUGAGUCCCACCCCACCGAUCACUGUGACCCACAAACCAGAGGAGGACACUUUUGGGGUUUCCAUAGCGGUUGGGCUGGCAGCUUUUGCUUGUGUCCUCUUGGUCGUCCUCUUUAUUAUGAUCAACAAGUAUGGCCGGCGGUCCAAGUUUGGGAUGAAAGGCCCCGUGGCAGUGAUCAGCGGAGAGGAGGAUUCAGCCAGCCCUCUCCACCACAUCAACCACGGCAUCACGACGCCCUCGUCCCUGGACGCCGGCCCGGACACGGUGGUGAUCGGCAUGACCCGCAUCCCCGUCAUCGAGAACCCCCAGUACUUCCGACAAGGUCACAACUGCCACAAGCCAGACACGUAUGUCCAGCAUAUUAAGAGGAGAGACAUCGUUUUGAAGAGGGAGCUGGGAGAAGGUGCCUUUGGGAAGGUGUUCUUGGCCGAGUGUUACAACCUCAGCCCCACCAACGACAAAAUGCUGGUGGCAGUGAAGGCUCUGAAAGACCCCACGUUGGCAGCCCGCAAGGAUUUCCAGCGGGAGGCAGAGCUGCUCACCAACCUGCAGCACGAGCACAUCGUCAAGUUCUACGGCGUGUGCGGCGACGGCGACCCGCUCAUCAUGGUCUUCGAGUACAUGAAGCACGGUGACCUCAACAAAUUCCUCAGGGCACACGGCCCAGAUGCUAUGAUCCUCGUGGAUGGGCAGCCUCGACAAGCCAAAGGGGAGCUAGGGCUAUCCCAGAUGCUCCACAUCGCUAGCCAGAUCGCCUCUGGAAUGGUGUACCUUGCUUCCCAGCACUUUGUCCACAGAGACCUGGCCACCAGGAACUGCUUGGUUGGAGCCAACCUGCUGGUGAAGAUUGGAGACUUUGGGAUGUCAAGAGAUGUCUACAGCACUGACUACUACAGGGAAGGGCCGCGUCUGAAGGGCCAGUUCAGCGCAGCGUGGCAGCGACAGAGACUGGCACCGUCGGCAGCUGCAACAGUGAGUGGAUCCCGAACCCUGGGGCAGCUGGAAGUGGGGGACUGGUGCUGGAACAGGCUCCACAGAGAAGUACUGACAGCUCUGAGCCUGGCAGAGCUCAGGGAGACCAUGCUGCCUAUCCGCUGGAUGCCUCCGGAGAGCAUCAUGUACAGGAAAUUCACAACAGAGAGUGAUGUCUGGAGCUUCGGGGUGAUCCUCUGGGAGAUUUUCACAUAUGGGAAGCAGCCCUGGUUCCAGCUCUCAAACACAGAGGUCAUUGAGUGCAUUACCCAAGGCCGAGUUUUGGAAAGGCCCCGAGUCUGCCCCAAGGAGGUUUACGACAUCAUGUUGGGCUGCUGGCAGAGGGAACCUCAGCAACGGCUCAACAUCAAGGAGAUCUACAAGAUCCUCCAUGCUCUGGGCAAGGCCACACCAAUCUACCUGGACAUCCUUGGCUAGCAGUGGCCACUUGUUGGAAGUCCCUGCUCCUUCCUCCCGUCCUUCCUUCCCUCUCCCCCUCCCAAACCUUUUCCCCCUCAGCUCCCAAGCAAACAUCUUCAUAUAAACUCAAGUGCCUGCUACACAUACAACACUGAAAACAAAAAAAAAAGCAAAACAAAAAGCAAACCAACAAAAAUCCCACAGAACAACAACCUGUAAGGCAGUUCGGCUUAUAUAUAUUUAUAGAUAUCUCUCUCUAUAUAACUUCCACACCAAUACAGAAAGAAGCUGCUGUUACAGACAAUUGUGAGACUAUAUAUAUUAAAAAAAAAAAAAAAAAGAAACAAAAAAGGGAGAAAAAGUACUUAAAAAUAUAUAUGAAAU